AUGUUGCGUGUCGUGGUUGCCUUUUCGUUCUGGGUCUCGCUACCCACCACGUCGCCGGUUGAAGCUGGCGCCAUCCGCAGCCAAGCAUUGUCGCCGGAACACCAGCUACACCAGCACGGCGCGACGAACUGUUGGGACGCAGGCACUACCCGGACUAGCUACGAGGACUGCUGUCUCUUGGACGGCAAGUCGCACGAACACCUGUCCAAGUCGAACAGCUGCUUUGACAGCAGUUUUCCGCUCUACUCCGAGCUGAAGUGCUGUUUUUCUGGCGGGUUUGCGACGGACGCGGUGGAUGCCGACUCCGGCGAGCAACAGAGGCUCACGCUGGGGUUCCGCGGGUAUUUGGAUCCGCUUCGCUACGCGGGGGUCUUCUACGGUGCGGACUUUAAAGAAGAGGAAGCGAAGAAUGCUUCUAAAAAGGGACGAGGACACCAGCAGCAAGCUGCUGUAGUUCUAGUGGACGAUACCAGACCUGCACCCGGUGCCGCACCCAAGUCAGGAGCAGAACAACAGCUGCGUGGUGAAGUUCAAGAUUUCAGCCCAUCUACUUCCCCUGCGCCUACCCCGGGUACUUUGGAUCUCCGACGCGUGAGCAAACUGGAGCCGCACGUUCUUUCGGAGUUGCCCCUCGAUAUUUUGGCCGCACAGAAGGAAUUUUUGCCACAUUUAACCAAGCGGCACGACUACAUCGCGAAACGUAGUUACUACGACCGCCCGGAGAUGUUGAGCGGGGUCGUAUUGAAUGCCGAGGAUAUUAAUGCCGUGCCCGUUCCUACUCCAUCAGAAGCUCCUCGUCCUGGUGCGAUUUCUUCCAAAUCAUCGUCCUCCAUAUUACCGCUGCUGCCUACUUUAUCAGCUUUACCACCUAGUACGAGUACGGUCACAUCACCCUACAAGACCUCCCCACCCCGCGCGUCGCAGCAGCAGCAUGCGCAGUUUGCGGAGAAGGGCGAAACAGUGGAUGAGUUUCUGAAAAAACAAUUUGCCAACGUCUGGAACGUUUCCAUCGUGAACAUUGGCACCGCCGACGGUGUCUCCGAUGACCCGCUGACCGAGCUUUCUGACCGGGCCGAGGCGUUGGUGGGCGCGGAACGAGACCCGAAGCAGUGCGCUCUGUACCGCCAGCGGUUCCCCAGGGCAAAGCUGCUGUGUGAGGGGGUGUAUGCUCUGCAAAAGUUCUUGUAUCGCACUCGUAUAAACUUGAAGAUGCAGUGAUAAAGAAGAUGCAUGACAUCUUCAAAUGCCUUCUCCAAGCCGAGUCAGCAUUUCAAUCGUUGCAAGUAUCCCAGUUUUUUUUCUCUUGCCAAAUGAAAUUUCCAAGAUGGUAACUAUCUUUUCUACUAAGUGCGACACUUUUUUUGCAAUGCAUAGCUUCGACCCGGAGAAGGUCGAGAGCACGAUUGUGGCGUCGUUACGGGAGGAGAUGCGGAAGAGCGUGAGUUCGUCAAGUAGAACAAGCGCUAGAACUACUACAUCUGGCACCGCGGCGCCAAACGAAUCGGACUCGGAGUCGAUGAAAUUAUCGGGCGGAUCAACCAGUACAGCAUCCGCAUCGUUGAAUAGUAGUACCCAACAUCAAACACAAACCCGCACCCGCUUCUCCAUUCUCAAAAUCGACAUCGACAGCUUCGAUUGUGUUCUGGCGGAAAAGCUUUUGCAGUUAAACCUGCGCCCGGACUACCUGGUGAUGGAGGUGAACGCGGCGGUUCCGCCCCCCUUCGAGUUCGCCAUGCCCUACGAGCCGCGGUUGUUUUCCAAGAUGAAGACGGAACUCGCCGCGCCCCGGACAGGGGGCCACAUUCGGAGUACGUUCGGGCACAAGAUUACAAUUACCCGAGGGCUGGAGGAGGAAAGAAUCAUCGCAAACGUGCCGCUGUUCUCCUGUUCCCUGAGCUCCAUGGUGCGGCAGUUUGGCGCAUUCGGCUACUCGCUGGUGUUUUUCCACUACGGUGACGCGGUCUUCUAUGGAAGCGUCAGGUUUGAAAUCGUCAAAGUUGAAAUAACUUGUAAUGCAUAAAAUGGAUACCAGUUGGAAACCCAAUUUUCAAGCGGCGCAUGACAAGUUUUCCGAGCACCGGAAUCCAAUUUGUCAUGCUGUUCGGGCACAGGCGACUGCUUUUGUCAUGCUCCUUCAGCAGCUCUACUUCAAGCACCAAACAGGCUGACACGCGGCCUCACUUGCCAUCCCGGCAAGGCAGGCACUUCAUGCCUUGCAUUUUAUGCAUGACAAAUCAUUUCGGUCGGUUUAGCAUGACAAAUCAUUUCAACUUUGACGAUUUCAAACCUGACGCUUCCAUAUCUUCGUGAGUGACGAAGUGUGGCGGUGGGGAGCGAACUACGCAGGAUCAAAUCGAGCAAGUGGAACUACAACUGGAACGGGUGGGAAAAUAAUGAAUGCAGGGUUAGCACGACGACGACCCGAGGACAUGAACAACGCAAUGAACAAACUGUACACACUGGAUCCCUUCUGGAUCUUCUGGUAUUACCCGAUCGGCGCAUUCGGCUUUUCCGCGACAGAAAUGCGACAAAUCUUCUUUGCCGGCGGUAUGAUGCAGCUACGAGGAAUUGACCGAGAACCACGACCACCGCAGGCCGGCUUGCAGACGCGGGAAAUGAAAAGAGAACAGAGACGAGCGGCACAGGACACCAGCACUAGCGCGACAGCGCCUGCUUAUCAUGAAGAAGAAGAAGAACAGAAAAACCGGCGAGCGGUGUACCUGGCGGGGCAGAAAAUCCUUCAGAAACUGCAUGAGUGGGGCAAGUUCGCGCUGCGAAAUCACUGGCAAAACACCGGGAAAAAGCGGAACAAGUUGCUGGAUCGCCUGUUGCAAAAAGCCAUCCAACUUCGCGUGAACGGAACCAUCGUCGAACCAAGUUCCACUUCCUUGUCGUCCAGGAGUAGCUCUAGUUUGAUGAGCUCAUCUUCCGAUAAUCUCAUCAACAGCGAACAGAAUGUAGUACAUCAGAAAGAGGAAGUAGAAGACCGUGCUUCUGAUCAUGUCUUCAACACGGAGGACGAUCUUGUAUCUAGAAAUGCUUACACUUCUUCUGCGCAUCAUCAUGAAAAUACUGACUCGCCUUCGCCCGAGUCUGAUUCAGAACUAUCAACGAGUAGAG